AUGACUGUUUCUCUGACUCAUUUUUUUCAGGUAGAAAACCCAAGAUAUUUGCGACAAAAACCGAUGCCAAGGUCUUUGAUGACACCUAAAAUUGCCCCAGGAAAAAGGCCUUCUCUCGACCCUCAGUCGCUGCUUCGAGCAAAGGAGAAAGAGCUGGAAAUGAAAGUGAAAAUAGCAGAAGGUAAAUUUCAUGAAGAAAAAGUGAAAUUACAGCAGAAGCACGAUGCUGACGUUCAAAAGAUUUUGGAUAGAAAGAACGACGAAAUAGAGGUGUUGAAGUCCACCUACAAAAAGAAACAAAAAGAAUCUGAGGAGGUGAUCAGAAGACUGGAGAAAAAAGUUCAGACCCUUGUUCGUGAGUCCCAAGUUGUCAGAGAAGCCAAAGAGCAGCAGAUUGUGGAGUUGAAGAAGAUGUGUGAGCAAAGCAAUGAUUCCCUGAACAAUGAGUGGGAGAAAAGGCUUCACGAUGCUGUGGCUGAGAUGGAGAAGGAGAAGUUCAACAUCCGGAAGAAGCACACGGAGGACAUGCAGGAGCUGCUGGAGGAAACCAACGCCCGGCUCCACAAAAUGGAGGAGGAGUAUUUGCAGCAGACCCAGUCCACUAACGAGACUGUCCAAAAACUGGGGGCUCGUGUCCAGCAGUUGACUGUUGAGGCUGAAAAUAGUCAUUUGCUGCAGCAAAAAUUAUCUCAGGAGAAGAUGGAAGCAGAGCAGCGUUACCAGGACUUGUGCUCUGAACUUCAGGAACUCAAAGCAAGGUACAACUUGCUACAGAAAGACAAGGAGCACAUUAUGCAGGAGUACAAGGAGAACAUCCAGCGACUACAAAGUAAAUUUGAUGUUGAUAGAGAUUUUAUAAAGCAGGAACAAGCUCUCUCUGCAGCUAAGACAUCUGAUGUGAUUGAGGAAUUACAGAGGAGUGUGACUCAGUUAAAGCAACAAUUGAAGGAAUCAGAACACCAAAGGCAGCAACAGCUGAAGGAUCAAGAAUACAAGGUUCAGCAGGACAAACUUCACUGGGAGCGUGUGUAUGAGAAACAGAUUAAUGUCAUUCAGAACGAUCUGGAUAAAGAAAGAGGGGAUGCUCAGAAGAAAAUCCGCAAACUGGAAGAGACUUUGAAGGAGAAGGAGGAGCAGCUGAGGCGGGUGACGGAGGUACAGAGGCUGCAGGCCCAGCAGGCAGGCGCUGCCCUGGAGGAGUUUAAGCGGCAGGUGGAGCUGAACUCAGAGAAAGACUCUGCAGAAAUGAAACAGCGGAUGGCAGAGGUUGAAGCUGAUCUAAGCAGAUCAAAAUUGCUACGGGAAAAACAAUCCCAAGAAUUCUCCUGGCAGUUGGAGGAGGUCAAGAAAAACUAUGAACAACAGGUCAGUGGCUUUGCUCCUUCAGGUGGAGGGGAGGAGGGACAGCCCUUCCUGCAGCUGUAG